AUGUACUUAAUUUUCAAGAAUCGAGCUAGCACGUUUUGCGAAGUCGAGUGUCAAUGCUGCGGAGAUGAUUUCUUCAAGCAAAACUUUAGAUUGAAAAGACGGGAUUUCCAGAAAUUGUGUAGCUUUCUGGAUCAUAUUAAAAAGAAAGUAACCAACUUCCAGAAUUCUAUAUGCUUGGAGAAACGGGUGGCUAUUGCACUUUAUGCACUUGGGUCAUCAGCGGAGAAUCGCAGUAUUGCGAACUUAUUUGGAGUGGGAAAAUCGACAGUAUGCACAAUUCUUUUGGAAUUUUGUAAGGAAGUAUGGAAAGUAUUGCACCCAGUGUAUUUCAACUACUUUCCGCUAAGUAGAGAGACCAUUGAAGAGUGUGUUGAUGGUUUUAAAAACAUUGGAUUCCCUCAAUGUGUGGGAGCGCUUGGUGGAUUCCACAUAGAAAUUCGACAUAGAAUGGAAGAAGCAGUAGAUUAUAUCAAUUAUAAAGGAUGGUAUUCGACAGUUUUACUAGCUCUUGUUGACGCAAGGUAUUCUACACGAACUUUUACUUGCAUGUUUAUACGAAUAAGACGUCGCAGUGCAUAUAUUUUUUCGUUUCUUUUUAAGAUACUCCCGGACGAUGCAAUGAUUCCCAAAUCUUUGAAAAGUCCAGCUUAAAGAGAGAGCUAGAUAAAUGUUCGCUUCUGAACUCAAUGAGCACAAAAUUAGGAAACUUUGAUAUACCAGUUGUCAUUUUUGGAGACUCCGCUUUUCGUUUUUCCAAAUAUCUAAUGAAACCUUUUCCAUUCAGUUUGGAUAAAACACCAGCGCAAAAAACUUUCAAUUAUCAACUUUCAAAAUCACGUAGAGUCGUUGAAAAUGCUUUUGGACAAUUGAAAGCAAGGUAAUUAAGCAACAAUAAAAACACUUAAAAGAAUAACCUACAUGCAUGUGUAUGUCGUCGUCGAAUUGGA